AGGGAGUGAAAGUGUGAAGACGAUCAAAAUACCGAAGACUUUUGCAUACACAGCAAAAAUCACAAUUUCUCUCUCUCUCUCUCUCUCGCGUUUUCGAAGCCGCGGACUCGAGAAACGUCAACUCACCGGCGUUUUUAGCUGCCUAUAAUUGAUUAUUUUCAGAAACGCUUCCUCAAAUUUAGGCUUUUGUAUCAUAUUUUUGCAUCAAAUAUAGAAGUAGCUAUACAAUUUAUUGACAAGAUUCAGAGCCACGUCCUGAAAAUCACUUAUAUUUGUCUAGAAAUUUACUUUUAAACCAAAACCCAUUUAAUUAAUUUAGAAAUCUGCACUUUUUCCUUCGACAUCUGGUUUGGGAUGAGCUGAUUUGGCAGAAUUUUUCUCAAGUAUAAAUGCCCGCCAGAUAUUGGUCAAUUUGACUGAUUCAGAUAUGCCAGCUGAUUUAGAUAAUUGUUCUACCGUUAAUGAUUACACAGCUUCUGGAGAUUCCUCUUCAGGUAAUCAAAUAGCUCCUCCUAAACCAAACGUCAAGAAAAAGCGAAAUCUCCCCGGGAUGCCAGAUCCUGAUGCGGAGGUGAUUGCUCUAUCACCGAAGGCUUUAUUGGCAACGAAUCGAUUUGUUUGUGAAAUUUGCAAUAAAGGAUUUCAGAGAGACCAGAAUCUGCAGCUUCACAGGAGGGGUCACAAUUUGCCUUGGAAGCUGAAGCAGAGGUCAAAUAAAGAACCAAAGAAAAGAGUCUAUGUAUGCCCUGAGCCGAGUUGCGUUCACCACGACCCUUUACGGGCAUUGGGCGAUUUGACGGGGAUCAAAAAGCAUUUCUGUCGAAAACAUGGAGAGAAGAAGUGGAAAUGUGACAAGUGCUCGAAGAAAUAUGCGGUUCAAUCGGAUUGGAAGGCUCAUUCAAAGAUUUGUGGAACUAAAGAGUAUAAAUGUGAUUGUGGGACUUUGUUUUCAAGGAGGGACAGUUUUAUCACUCAUAGGGCCUUUUGUGAUGCAUUGGCAGAGGAGAGUGCAAAAACGCAUACAGCGAUGGCACCUCCUAGUGCUGAUGAGGAACCACAAAUUCAAGCUGUUGAAUCAUCACCAUCAUUGCCACCAUCCACGGUGGCACCACCACCGCCACAACCACCGCAGGCUCCAGCACUGGCUAUUUCUUCUUCGAGUGGUGUAGUGUCCUCUGUUUUGCCUGUUCAGAAUCCAGAGUUGGUUGAAAGCAGCAAUCCCAGUCCCUCUACUGCACAGAUUCUAGAGACCUCAACCCCGACCCCACCAGUCACCAGCCUAACCACAAGCUUUAGCAGCGUUAGCAGUUCUAGCAGCAGUGGAAGUACAAGUAGUAAUGUAUUUGCAAGCUUAUUUGCUUCAUCAACGGCCUCAGGAAGUUUGCAGUCUCAAACAACCAACUUAUUUGAAGCCCUGGCUCGCCCCGAGCAGAUAGUUGACGUUGCUCCUUCUUCGUCUUCAGAACCCGUGUCCCUCUGCCUUGCGACGAAUCAAGGGUCAUCAAUUUUUGGAACAGCAGGGCAAGAGCGCAGGCAGUAUGCUCCAGCACUUCAACCUGCUCCUAUGUCUGCAACAGCGUUGCUACAAAAGGCAGCACAGAUGGGUGCAGCUGCGUCGAAUGCAUCUUUGUUGAGGGGGGUCGGAAUUGUAUCUUCUUCCUCACCUUCUAGUGGUCUGCAGGAAUGGAGCGGGCAACAAAUUAAGCCGGAGGGUGCACCAUUGGCUGCUGGUCUUGGAUUAGGAUUGACCUGUGAUGGAGGGUCUAGUUUGAAGGAAUUGAUGUUGGGGACUCCAUCUGUUUUUUGCCCAAAACACACUACCCUUGACCUCCUUGGAUUAGGAAUGGCUGCUAGUGGCAGCCCAUCUGGUGGGCUAUCGGCUUUAAUGACGUCCAUCAAUAAUGGCCUCGACGUUGCUGCGGCAGCAGCAGCAUUUGGUGGCGGAGAAUUUGGUGGCAAAGACAUGGAAUAGGGCAACUGGACACUCGACCGAAUCAUUCACUUUUAUUCACCCGAGCUUCAUUCGUGUCAAGUUUAUGACCAAUCGCUGUGCAUGGCCACAAGGUAUUCGACUAAAUUAAUGUUAUGGAUAGCAACAUCUGGUAUACCAUGCCAUUAGUGUAUAGAAAUGUACUUAUCAAUGAGUCAGAGUAGUGGUUGAGCUCUUCAAUGCUAUCUGCCGUCUUUUACCAGUAAAGGGCAACUGGGCUCUUUGUAAUGUAUUAAGUACUUAAAUUCUUGUUCUACUCAUAAUUAUUUAUGAAAUACCUGAUUAAGAUA